GUCUGUUCCUCGCAACCGCCGAUCAUUCUCGGGCAGUCCCCCGUUGUGGGCAUAUGUGCCGCGGGCCUACAGGUGAGCAACAAAGAGCAUUCGAGGUCGAGCCAGCCAUGGGCAACUACGCCCGCAAGGACGUUGCGGACAAGCGCACGGGCAUGACUAAGCGCGAAAAGGCGCUGCUGCGCGACACCUGGCGCAAGUUCUGCCAGAAGAAACCGGACUUCGGCAGUGUCGUGCUGCUGGCCAUGUUCACCCUGCACCCGGAGCAUCAGGCGCUGUUCCCCAGCUUCGAGGGUCGCGAUCUGCGCCUCCUGCGCGACGACGCCAAGUUCCGGACGUUCGCCGCCGUGGUUGGCAGCAGGCUGAGUGCCAUGGUCGACUCCGUGGACGACUACGACGCCCUGUCCGAGUUGGCGCACAAGAACGCGGUCGACCACGCCCAGCGGGAGGGGGUGCUCGCGGAACACUUUGCGGACUUCUACUCCGCCACGUUGGGCGAGAUUAUCGAGAGCAACAAGUCGGCCAUGACACCCGCCGCCAUCGCCGCCUGGGAGAAGUUCUUUGAGACACUGAGCACGAUCACAAAACACGUCUUCUUCGAGGCGGACAAGGCUGCCAAGGCUGCUAAGGCUGCCAAGGAGGCCGAGGAAGCCAAGGCUGCAAGGGCGGCCGCGGGAGCUACGUCUCCGCCCCACGAGCAGGGGACUUUGUCGCCUGACCAGCUGUCGUCGGCCAAGGCCUCCGCCCUGGCGAGCCCCGUGCAGGCGGUCAAUCCCGCGGCCCAGAAAAUCACGAGCCCGCUGGCUAUACAGAGCGUCAUAAAGGGGGCCCGCUCAGACCGCAAGCCGAUCUGGAAGAGUGGGAUCAAAGAGAAGCGCAGCAAGCCACCAAAAUGA